ACAGUUGGGACCUGCGCAGUAUCUUGCAGUCUGCACUUUAAAUCACGCUAUAUUAAAUACUUCUAUGAAAGGUUUUUAAAAUGAUUUCUUGCAUAAGGAACGUGUUAUGGUUUAUCGUUUCUUUAAAUGUGUUAUGUAUUUUUGUGUACUCAUUAUACACAGUGUAUCAUCAAAGAGUUAUACGUGAGAAAUUUUCUUACCUGAAAGCAGUUAUGUGUGAUGAUCCGACGAAAAAUAUCACAAGCUCAGAUCUGGAUCUAUGUUGUGCUUUUACAAAUGGUAUGCAACUGAAAUCCAGCAGGAACAAGUACGAGCUCAGCCAGUUCAUACAACAACAAUCAAACGUAAUAAAUCCGGUAAAGCCUGGUGGAAUAUGGUCACCGAGUGGGUGCGUUGCUAGACAACGGGUUGCAAUUAUCAUUCCAUUUCGUGGACGCCAGCAACAUUUGACAAUAUUGCUCACCGACUUAAUACCGUUGCUGAAGAAUCAACAGUUGGGCUUUCAAAUUUUCGUCAUUGAACAGUUCGGCUCAGGUGUCUUUAAUAAGGGUAGGCUAAUGAACGCCGGUUUCUUCGAAGCAUUCGGCCGGCCCUCAUUCGAUUGCUACAUAUUCCAUGACGUGGAUCUUGUUCCGGAGACAAACAUGAGCGUUUACACGUGUGAGGAAUGGCCUAAACAUCUAUCCGUUGCAGUAGAUAAGUUAAAUUAUCGUUUGCCGUACCCAAAUUUAGUCGGCGGAGUUCUUGCCUUUCGACCCGAGCACUUUGUGGCGGUGAAUGGUUAUUCCAAUGAAUACUGGGGUUGGGGAGGAGAGGAUGAUGAUAUGGCCGCCAGGAUGAUACAAAUGGGGUUGGGCGUUUGUCGGCAGUCGGCGGAGUCAUCGAGGUAUAGGAUGAUACCACACGAUCCCUCCGAAAUGCCUUACCCUGCCCGCAGGAACACACUUUUGAGCAACGCAGAAAGACGAAUGUUUAAUGAUGGCCUUGGUAAUCUUGUGUACAAACGCACAUCCGAAUCUAGACAACCGCUUUACACGCAUAUCGUCGUGGAUAUUGGCUCUGAACCUUUGACACUCACACAACAGUAGCCCGUUGUUUCGUGUUGAACUAUUUAAUGUUUCUAUUUUAAAUCCGUCCUGUAGUAUGAUGAUUUACAAUUUUAUAUGCAACAAAUGUGUCAUUGUAUGGGUGGACACAUUAAUUGAUAAAGGCAUGCAUCCAUGGAUAAAUUGAUAUUUUACUGUUUUCAUAUGCUGAUUAAUGGAUAGGUGAACAAUGCAUGAUAUAGCAAUUAGUAUGUAAGAAAUAAGAAAUGUGUAUUGUGGAUAGUGUCGCUUUGUACUACUACUAGUACUUCUUCUUCUACUACUACUACUACUACUACUACUACUACUGCUACUACUACUACUACUACUACUACUACUACUACUACUACUACUACUACUACUACUACUACUACUACUACUACUACUUCUACUACUACUACUACUACUACUACUACUACUACUACUACUACUACUACUACUACUACUACUACUAUUUCUGAUACUACAACUACAACUACAACAACAACUACUACUACUAAAUUUACUAUUACUACUACUACUACUACUUCUACUACUACUACUUAGGUCAAUAAUAAUUAACAGUGCAACCGUCAGACGACUCUAGUAAGGCAGUCGAUCCCAACACGGUUUGUGUGUGUGUGUUUGGUGAUUUGAAAUGGAUACACAAGGAACCGAUUCAAUCCAGAAUACCAAUAUUGUUAAGAAACAUCGCUUAAAGUAUAGCCUUUGAUUUAUUUUAUUCACAACUCUUCAAAUGUGCCUUGUUGAACAACGCUAAUUGAAUUAAUAAUUAUGUUGACACAAUGAUAUAUUAUUUUAUUGUUUUUAUUUUCUUAAUAAAAUUUUUCACAACG